GUGAGCGUGGGGGAGCCUGCCGAGAAAUACCUGGAACUGGAGCAGAUUGGCCAAGGGGCUUUUGGAACCGUUUCCAAAGGACUCGACAGGGCCACUGGAGGAGAGGUGGCCAUCAAGAAAAUGAGUCUCAGAGGGCAGAACAGGGAACGAGCUGUGAAUGAGGUCGUGGUCCUGAAGGACAAGAAGAACCCCAACAUUGUCAACUCUUUGGACAGCUUCCUUGUUGAUGGAGAUCUCUGGCUGGUGAUGGAAUACAUGGAUGGAGGAACUUUGCAGGACGUUGUCAGACAGACACGCAUGGCUGAAGGAGAGAUGGCAGCUGUCAGUCAGGAGUGUCUGCAGGGCCUGGAUUUCCUCCAUUCCAUCCGGGUGAUCCACAGAGAUCUGAAGAGCUCCAACAUCCUUCUGGGAAUGGACGGCUCUGUCAAGCUGGCUGAUUUUGGCCUCUGCGCUCAGCUCAGCCCUGAGCAGGACCAGUGCAGCUCCAUGGUGGGCACUGCUCACUGGAUGGCCCCAGAAGUUGUGACCAGUUCUCCUUACGGCCCCAAGGUGGACAUCUGGUCCUUUGGCAUUGUGACCAUCGAGAUGGUGGAAGGAGAACCUCCUUACUUCCAGCAAACGGGGGCCAUGGCUCGCGCUCUGAUCCGGCAGAACGGGACCCCGCAGCUGCAGGAGCCCAGGCGCCUGUCGGCUCUGCUGCGGGACUUCCUCGAGUGCAGCCUGGAGCCGGACGAGGAGCGGCGCUACUCUGCCCAGGAGCUGCUGCAGCACCCAUUUUUAUCAUCAGCCAAGCCUCUCUCCAGCCUGACCCCUCUGAUCACUGCAGCAAAGCAACUGAGGGAGCAGAAGAGGACAUGA